AUGACGUCAGAAACGCGACUUCAGGUUCUCCCUCCUGUUAACUUCACCCUCACAGUCUCUGCAUUAGGACAAGUACUUUUGCACUGGAAACCAAACCCUAACCAAGAACACAGGAACUACACCAUCAGAUAUGAUGUGAAAAUCCUAAGCCCUGUGCCUGAAGAGUAUGACACAAAGAGGACUUACAGCAUCCAGAGCGCUGCACUUCACAAUGGUUUCUCUGCACAGCUUCGCACCUUGCUGCUCCACAGUGGCCUCCAGAUGAGCAGUGAGUGGGUGAAGGAGGAACUCCCACCUCUGCCAGGUGCUCCAGAGACAUCUGUCACUAAUCUGUCCUGUGUUACUCACAUCACCAUUUCUAGCACUGUUUCUCUCCAUUGUGCUUGGCUUCCUGGCCAAAGGGCACCAGAAGACACCAAGUACUUUCUGUUUUACAGGUAUGAGCUGUACACUGAAGAAUGUCAAGAUUACAUCCAAGACAAGUGGAAGAGGAAUCUUGAGUGCAGCUUUUCCGUGACUCACAUUGAUCCUGAAGGGCUUGGCAAGCUCCUGGUAAUACACAUUAAUGGCUCUAGCAAACAUGCUGCCAUCAAGCCUUUUCAGCAGCUCUUUGACCAAAAUGCCAUUGAGAAAGUGAAUGUCCCCAGAAACGUCACUGCAGCCUUGGAGCAAAAUGAUCUUCUGGCCACGUGGGAAAAGCCCAUUUCUCCUUUGCCCAAAGAGUGCUUUGAAUAUGAAUUUCACCUCUUCAACUGGAAGUCAGGUAACAAGCAGACAUUCAAAAUACCCUCCAACAACUUCAGAUCACCAGUUGAUGUCACCAGCAAGUAUUCCAUCCAAGUCAGAGCCAAUCAUCAUCACAUCUGUCGUGCAAGAGGGGUCUGGAGUGACUGGAGUGAAAUCCUCUCUGUGGGGCAAACCAACCUGGAGGAUCCCACAGUCUGGAUUGUCACUGUGCUGUGUGUGUCCACAUGCUGUGCCUUCCUGCUUGUUGCUAUCAUAUGCAAACUAAACCAUGUGUGGAGCAAACUCUUCCCUCCAAUUCCAACACCCAGCAACAAACUCAGAGAUCUCUUCCCCAGUGACUAUGAGAGAGCACCAACCUGCACCAGCAAGACAGAGACCGAGCUGGGCAGCUUCACUGAAGACCUCUCCUGCAGCAUCCUCGAUGAUUUUGUCUUCUGA